AACACGGCCGUGGGCUGCCAGCACCAGAGAUGGCAUUAACCACCCCUACCGAACCGAACUUCCCUCAAUUCGAACGCCCUGUAGACUCGCGGUCUCCGUCAAAGUCCCCACGCAAGAAAGCUCAGUUUGCCAUCCGAGAGCUCGACCCUCUUUUGGCCAAUCUCUCGCCCGAUUCUACCCUACGAGCUCUACGGGCGACCGACACGAUUCCCGGUGGGGGCUCCCAAGAUGCUCUGGCUUCCAGCAUCGGUGGCGCCAGCCCUGCGGAGCGAGAGAUUGGCAUACGGGCUGCUUUCGCUGCGCAGAAACUCCGUGAAUGGAGGCAUGAAGUGUCAAAAUGGACUUGGCCAGGAACAAAAGAAAGAUCAAUGGGCUUGGGAUUCAUAACCCCUCGAGGUGCCAAGGGGUUCAAUCUAGACUAUCGUGGCUUUUUGACCGUUACACUGGCGGAGCACUACGAGGCUCGAAUAGACGAAAUUAGGGAUGACCUGGACACCCUCGGAAUUGAAGACAUCAAAGAUCAUGUUCUGGAGGCACACGUACCCGCCGCGAAAGCAUCACCGAAGAGCUCUCCGUAUAACGGGAGUCGAACGAGCUACGGCAGGAUGCGAGAUUUUACGGCGUUGGUGACGGCCACGGUCAUCCAGGCACUUCCUGACCUGGCGAAACUCAACAUGCUGCUCGAUAACUGGGAUAUACGGCUGAGGGUCUUGAGGCAACUCCCACGCUUCCUCGAGGUCAUGGACUCUACUACAUCUGAAAUUCGCCAGGCCUUUGAUGAGAUUCAAAGCACAGAUUCAGCCGCCAAGAUGACAGAAGAAACAAUUGAACGCCAAAAGGUGGCAUUGGGAGCUCAGGUAGCCGACCUAGGCCGACGAGUGGAUCGACUCCUUGAUAUGCUGGAGGGACGCGAUGAUUCGCUUCCACAAACAUGGAUUGACCGUUUGGAGAAGGUUGAGCUCGACUAUGCAACAUGGGUUGUAGAAGCUCAGCAAGUUGUCCUGAGGAAUAACCUGGCGGUGAUAGCAGGUAAAAGCCCUCGGCAAGGACAGUCGGCCUCCGAAAUGACUCCUUCUGGCCUGGACAGCGAGAUAGCGCCAUCACCUCAGCCGAAACAGCACACUGAGGCCCUCAAACCAGAUCCAGCGAUCGUCAAUGAGCCACGGACAACACACCCUGAAUCGUCCUCACCCAGCAAGGGCAGCUCAUCAGUUAAACGUAAACCCUCAUUGAAGCUGAACUUAUCAGCAGAUCGAAUUGGACACAGGCGAGAAAUUUCCAAGGUCUCUGUAGCAGAUUCUACAAUGUCGGGAUUUUCAGAUCUUUCCAACGCUGAGAUCAUGGAUGCUCGAGAGACCAGCGUCCUCCCAAGCCCCAAAAUCAGUCUUGUAGACAAUCCGUUCCGAGCAAGCCGCGACGAGCUCACUUGGUUUGGCAACUCAACUGCAGCUCAACAACAGUUAGCCUUCAAACCUCCAAUGCUUCAACGAGCUUCAACCGCAUCCGUUGAGGUUGUCUCCAAGGACCAACUCAAACGUGUCAUGCUGAGGAGAAGUGCCAGUUGGGAUAUGCUGUCUGCAAUGCCUGAAUCGUCUGAAACGCCGGAAAGCACUCCUUCCAAGGCUUUGAGGCAGCUGACGGGCGCUGAAUCCCCACUCAAACAGACUGCAGCGGCUAAACUGGAAGCGUCUGAAGUUGACCUGGAUACGCCGACUGCGUUGACCUCAGAACACAAUCCGCUCGCGUCGCCCUCUCUUGAAGUCGAACCACUCAAACUGAAGACAAAAGAGGAGCCCCUAGAGCCAGAGGAACAUCCAGAGGCGCCGUCGAUGCCAGCCUUGCCACGUAGGUCGAGCAAGCGAAAUACUCAAAACAUAUUGAGCACUUUCACUCCAUUGACGCCUGUAUCUAGCAACAGCCCCGUGACGCCCGUGGACAAUACACAGACUUUGAGCAACCCAAUCGUGACCACCUCUGUCAAGGAGACGUCGCCGAGUUCAGCGAAAAGGGUCGAGUCAUUGGAGGAUAAAAUCCAAGACAUACUCACAACUCUGCCGACAAAGAUUCGAUUGGCCAAGGAUGUAGACUAUUCUGGCUUCGCCCGACCAUCUUCAACAUCCUCGACACGGUCUUCCACGCCCACAGCCGCAUUGACUUUAUCUCCUGUCCGGGCUGAAACAUUCACGGCUAAGAGCGAUGAUUCCGGCAUCAGACUCUACCAUCUCACGCGGUCAGGCCAAGCCCGCGAUGCCCCUCCCGUCAAAUUGUUCGUGCGAAGUGUUGGGGACGGACAACGCGUCAUGGUUCGCGUCGGAGGUGGGUGGGCAGACUUGGGGGAGUACCUGAAAGAGUACAGCUUGCACCAUGGUAGCCGGUCGACAGUCGAUGGCCGUUUAGAAGUCGCCAGUUUCCCCACGAGCGGACACAGGGACGCCAGCACUGCUCAUAACGCCGGCGCAUCGCAAGGAUCUCUUGCUAAGCGCAAGUCAAGAUCGCCGGCUUUAAGUCCGCAAACCGCAGACACCAACUCGGUGCCGGAACUGGUGAACCCGAGAUUACGUCCGUUGACAAGAAUCCGCUCUCCUGAACUUGAAAGAAAGGCUGUCAAGGACAAGGAAGCCUGGACGCCACCUCCAGUGCCUCCCAUCCCUACAUCAUAUACCUCCAAAUCACCCACGAUCACGACAGCCACCAACCCAGAUGUUGGUACUCUUACCGGGGUCAUCGACCCCGGGCAAGUCAACGACGGUACAGGUGCAGCCCCAUGCUCGAGGACGACCACCAUGUAUGCUCCGGGUGUCACGACCACGACCACGGUCACACCCGCGACGACAACUACGACAAACUAUACACCUCUCGGGGGCGCGGGACCGAAAACCAAUCCCCGACGAGCGGCCACCUAUGCGACGGGUUCCGCCGCCGCCGCCGACAACGAUGCUUGGGUCGAGAACCUCGUCGGCAAGGCAAGGGCGGUCAGCGGUGGAAAUGCAAACAUGAUCCAUCAAGGCCCGAGUACGACGACCACGACCACAACCACGACGGUUUCCUCCUCGAACACGCCGACCACCAACCGCCGCGCGUCCUCGUACAUGAGUCUGACCCCGAACGCGAGCCCCGUCACCCUCUCCCCCAGCCCGAGCAAUGCUUCUUCGACCGCGUCGUCCGGCAACGACUCCAAGUUGCGUCGGAUGAGUCUCACGGGCCGUUCAAAGAGUCGAAUGAGUCUGAGCGACAUGAGCGGCAUCCGGAGGGUUUUCUUGAGGAAGAAGAGUGAGAACGCCAGGUGAAUCAAGAUCGUGACUUGUCCACAUAGGACCGCGACGGGUAUAAAGAAUCAAAGAGUCUGCAGGAAAAAACACAAGUGUACGAGGCUGUCAAUGAAGAACCGAUCACGUACCACAAACCUGUGACGGUGGAUUUCCUUGUUGUAUAAGUUCGGGACCAACGGUACAUUCUUAUAUGCCUACCUGGGUGCCUUCUUGCGGACUAGGUGCCCUUGCCCUAGAUGCAGUCCGCGUGUGAACAGAUUGUGUGUGUCGUCAAUGUCGAUGCCGAAGCGAUUGGCGAUUGGCAACGUAGUUACCUACCUCAUAUACGGUAGUACUCGGUAGCACCUACCUACGUACUCGUCAACACCCACCUCAUAUACCCAUCUACCUAUUUGCCUGCUUGU